CGUGUUAAGUGUACACAAAAUAUAAAGUGUCCUAUCUUUGUGGUGCUUUUACAAGGAAGACGACAAAUAUAUCUUCAAACUAAUUCAGCGGUAAUUCGCCUUUAACCCACAGCCGUCGAAGUUGAAUAUAGGCGUGUCCAUCCUGUCAAGAUGCCCCGCCCCCUUCCGUGAUGCACCAAUCAGAGCGCUCAGCGGGCUGGGAGAUGCUCGCCAAGGCUCUGGGCAGAGAGGAGAAAAAAGCUGUGUUCUAGUUGUAAAUGCAAUAUAGUGAGUCGUAUUGAAAGCCAGCCAAACAGAUCACGUGGUUGCUGGACGGGGAAUGAAGUGAGUCAACAUGUACGCCGCACGCAAGAGGAGAAAACCUGCUCAGAAAGGAGCCAAACUGACACCGAAUGAAGGGACCAGGUCCAACCCAUCCAAACGUCACCGUGACCGCCUGAACUUGGAGCUGGACAGGCUUGCCAGGUUGCUGCCUUUCCCCGAGGAUGUCAUCUCCAGCCUGGACAAACUGUCCAUCUUAAGGCUCAGUGUCAGCUACCUCCGCACCAAGAGUUUUUUCUCAGUGGCGUCGAAAAGAUAUCCGCCCAAUGGUGUAAGUAAGAGUACUGACCACCAUGACGAAGAGGUGCCGGAACAGACAACAAGCUGUAUGUCUGAAGGGGAACUGCUGCUUCAGGCUUUGAGUGGGUUUGUCCUCGUGAUCACGUCUGAGGGAAUCAUCUUUUACUGUUCUCAAAGCAUCCAGGAUUACCUUGGCUUUCAUCAGACGGAUGUGAUGCACCAGAAUGUGUUUGAGCUGAUCCACACAGAAGACCAGCAAGAGUUCAGACAGAAUCUGCACUGGGAGCACGACUCACCCAGCACUGGAUCCCCUUUGGAUGCUGUGGCAGAUGAUGAGCCGACUUCUUCCUGCCUGGUGAGCUUCAACUCUGAUGAGCUUCCACCCGAAAACUCCUCCGUCUUGGAGAGAAGCUUUGUCUGUCGCUUCCGCUGCCUACUGGACAAUUCCACCGGCUUCUUGUCAUUGAGCAUCCAGGGUCGGCUGAAAUUCCUUCGUGGUCAGAGCCACCUGCAGUACGGCAGAGAGCACACCCCGCUACAGCUGGCUUUAUUCGCCAUUGCCACUCCCCUGCAGCCCCCAGCCAUCUUGGAAAUCAGAACAAAGAACAUGAUCUUCAGGACUAAACACAAGCUUGACUUCACUCCUAUGGCCUGUGACGCAAAGGGGAAAAUAGUACUUGGUUACACUGAAGCAGAGCUGCGUGUUCGAGGUUCGGGCUACCAGUUCAUCCAUGCUGCUGACAUGUUGUACUGUGCCGAGAACCACGUCAGAAUGAUAAAGACUGGUGAGAGCGGCCUCACCGUCUUCCGGUUGCUUACCAAGGACAACAGGUGGAAGUGGGUCCAAGCCAACGCCCGGCUUGUCUAUAAGAAUGGCAAACCAGACUACAUCGUCGCUACACAGAGGCCCCUGGUGGAAGAAGAAGGAGGGGAACAUCUGAGGAAACGCUCCAUGCAAAUUCCUUUCAACUUUGCUACAGGAGAGGCACUUCUCUACCAGACUAGUUACCCACUCUGUGGCUUUCCAGACCCUGUCCAGGGCAAAGGCAACAAGUCUAAAAGGGGGAAAAUGGAAAAGAAGUGCUCAGAGGAUCUGCACCCAAAGUCUUUGCUGGAAGUGAUGAUGAGCCAAGAUGAGUCUGUUUACUGCCAGUCAGAUGUAGAGUAUCACAAGUCCUACCAUGUCAAUGCUUUAAGUGAACAGCAAGGUGAGACUGCGAGAUGCGGUGGCAGCAGGCAGAUGCUUGCUAAUAGAGAGACAGGGAAGUGCAACGGCAAAACGUCCAAAUGUGAUCCACUCUUAGCAACUCUAGACUCUCUAUCUCUGGAUGGAGAUGAGACCUGCUCCAACAAUGAACUCUUCACUGCUUUGGAGAACCUGGGCCUGAAUGCUGAAGAAUUGGAACUUUUGCUGUUGGAUGAAGAAAUGAUCCAGGUGGAGAAUGGAGAAGAAUGCAGCAGUAUAGCUAAAUGUGGCCCCUCAACCCUUCCACCAGACUCCUCCCAAAGUGCCACCCAUGAGGGGAAGGCAGACUUUGCGCCAGCAACCUCUGCCACUACGUCUUUCAGUGGGCAGAAUGCCACAGCACCUUCCCAGCAAAUGCAGCCCAUCAGUGAAGGUGGGCUUCAAUUACCCUCUAGAAGUGUAGAUGCCAGCCUCCUCUCUGAGAUUCCAGACAACCACUGGAUGCUUUAUCCUGAAAAAACUCAUCAUCAUCAUAACAACCACGCCAACCAUUCUCUUGUCAGGAGAUCCCAGGUAAAUAUGGAGCACAAAGUCGUCUCACCUUUGGAGUCAAGUCAGCAGUUGAAGCUGAAGCAGCAGCCACUUCAACCGGGAACCGACCAGUUUUUGUUGCCUGGCAUGCAGACCGAGGAAAUAACCUUCAGGCCUGAUAAACACACUUUCCUUCUGCCUGAUGCGCUUGUUGACCCUGCAGAUUGCAACAUCUCCAGUGUAUUACAUGCAAGCAGAUCUGCUCUAAUUGGCACAAACUACCAGAGUUUGGUGGACUCUGUGCAACCACACACACUGCAGAGCCAGGACUUACACAAGCAACACAGUUCUGCUUUGCUUCUGGGUUUGUCCCAAGGUCCCCCACAGAGCCCCGCGAUGAAUCUGGAGCAGUUGGUGGCGCUGGCACAGCCUUCAGUCGAGGCCUAUAGUCUGUUCAGCACCAACACACAGACUACUCGCAGCCAGAUGGAGAAUGGUUGCCUGCUCAGCGUUGCCAACGCCACAUACAUUAGCACCUGUGUCAUGUCUAACGGUAACAGACAGGUGGCCGCAGAGGUCCCAGUCUCAUACCCUGAUGGACUCCUGGAAACCCAGAAGUAAGGAUGUUUCCUCUAACAAGGAACGAGUGACCGUGUUUGGACCCAAAUGGGAUAUACUGAGGUGGCGACUUGUCCAGGGUGUACCCUGCCUUCUGCCCCAAUGCAGCUGAGAUAGGCUCCGGCAACCCCGAGAGGGACAAGCGGUAGAAAAUGGAUGGGAUGGAUCUGAAAAAAAACUGCCAAGAAGUCUCGAAAAACAUGAAAGCUCAUCUCAUUCAAGGUCAGAUUCAUUUCAAAACGUUUGGAAUAUCACGUAUUGAUCUGGCUCUAAACCCGGGGUGUCCAAAGUGCGGCCCGCAGCUCAAUUUUUAAUGGCCCGCGACACAUUCUUUAGACAAACUAAACAGGUCCCAAAUUAGAACAAAAAACUGAAUCAAUCAAAUUUAGAACAAAAAACUCUGAAAAAUUCAACGGGACCAAAUCCCCCCCAAAAUGGGACCUGAAAACCAAAAAAACAACCUGAGCAUCUUACUGUAUGAGGUCAUUGAUGAAAAAGUGUACAAAUUUCUUGUGAGACAUGAUAUAUUUUUGAGUGUACUAAAGCCCUCAAAAGCGUUUCAGUUGACGUGGACCCCGACUUAAACAAGUUGAAAAACUUAUUGGGGUGUUACCAUUUAGUGGUCAAUUGUAUGGAAUAUGUACUGUACUGUGCAAUCUACUAAUACAAGUUUCAAUCAAUC